AGUAAAAGAAGCGCCCUUCAGCAUUGUUUUCCAGGGUGGAAUGUUUAACGGUAAUAAGCACAUUAUGAAUGUGAAUCCAUGAUGAUAAUACAUAAAUCCUAAAGCCCAUCGAUCGUUCGAAAAAAAAAACUUUUCAAUACUAACAUCGUUAUUGUUUCGCUGAGCUCCAUCACUUUCAAUGUCAUACAGCUGAUAAGUGGUGAGCUCACAAACAUAAAAUUGAUAUGCACUUGUGAGGAGAGAGAGAGAUAGAGGGAACUGGCAAGAUUGUGGCGUGCAAUAUUUGUAGCAAAAAAUAAAAACACGUACAGUUUUAAUUGCACAUUUUAAUUCCUUCCCAAGAACGUGCUUAAUUGUCUGCCCUGAAACUUUUGUUUUAUGCAACAGCAAAUGCGUAACAUCCUUUUCUACAAAUUUAAGGUAAAUCGUCCCAAAACAUGCACACUGUUUCGCAAUGUACGAUCGAAAACGUUUCUUUAUGGGCGAAUCAUUAACAAACGACAUGGUUUCGGCUUCCGAACGUGUACAGUGACUGCACCAGUGAGAGCAGCGCGAAGAUAAGAUGUGAUAAGUUGAUGGGAGAAUGAUACGAUAUGGCAAAGUUUCACUUACACGGCUCGUUGGGUCGUAUAUGGACGUGAUUGAUGUGCUGUUACAAUUUUAUCAUCACAUAAAAGUUUGUAAUACCUCUCGGUGCUUUAGGACGGUAAUUCCAUUACCGAUUUGUUGCUCUCCGUACCCACCAUUAAGAUGAUGGACCGACACAGUGGUAAGGGAAAGAAGUUUUGGGCAAAGAUGCUUUGUGGAAUUCACUUGUACAGUAAAACCAUGAUAUGAGAUGUGAAGAAGAACGAAGACUCAAGAGCAAACAGCAGGGCAAAAGUUGCACUUGGCAACUUUUAUGUGCUGUCUUUUUCGAAGCAUGGAAGCAUAAUUAAAUCUUCGCAAAGUCAAUUUAUUACCCAUCGAUGAUCUACAUGCAAUGGAAUGGAACACAUUUUUUGUAUGGCUUUUUUGUUUUUUUUUUCUUCUUCUGUUCAGCAUUAAACAACGGACGCACAAAUUCCCAACAAGCCAAGCUGUUAGCUGUGGGGUAAUAAAACAAAACGACUGCUUCCGGCAUGUUGGCCGACGGAGCUCCCAGACGAGGACUUUAUGACGAAUCCUUCGCUGGCCAUGGACGCUUGUUUCACCGCUUUCGAUAAGGAUGGAGAUGAUCGGCUUUCACUGAACGAGUUUACACUGAUCUGUCGGGCACUGUUCCGGAAUGAUAAAGGUCACAUCUACGUGGUACCGUCCGAUCGUCUGGAGCAGAUGUUUGCCGUGUUCGACAAGAACGAGGACGGCUACAUCGAUCGGGAGGAGUUCCAGUUCUGCUGGAACCAAUGGAUCAAGACGAUCGUGCGUCCCAUCAGCGCUUUUCUCAUCGUCGACGUUCAGAACGACUUCAUCAGCGGUUCGCUUAACAUCAGCAACUGCAGCGCACAGCAGAACGGACUGGAGGUUAUCGAGCCGAUCAAUAAGCUGCUGGAUACGGUUGACUUCGAUGCGGUGUUUUACUCGCUGGAUUGGCACCCGAGCGAUCACGUUUCCUUCAUCGACAACAUCAAACAGCGUCCUAUUCAUCCGACCAGUCCGCUGAAUGCGGACAACGCGCAGGUUUACGAUACGGUCAUUUUUGCCGGACCACCACCGAUGAAGCAACGGCUUUGGCCACGCCACUGCGUACAAGAUUCGUGGGGUUCCGAGCUGCAUAAAGAUUUAAAGGUGAGUCGAAGGAUGAAUGGUGAGGAACCUUUUUGCUUAUCAAAUUCACCGCUUUCCCAUCCGUUGCAGGUUGUCGAGCACGGUGUGAAGGUGUAUAAAGGCACUAACCCGGAGGUGGACUCGUACUCGGUGUUCUGGGACAACAAGAAGCUCUCCGACACGACACUGUGCGCUCAGCUGCGGCUUAAAGGCUCAACCGACAUCUACGUGUGUGGACUAGCGUACGACGUGUGUGUCGGUGCAACAGCCAUCGAUGCGCUGUCGGCCGGCUACCGGACAAUACUGAUCGACGACUGUUGCCGGGGCGUCGAUCUGAAUGACAUCGAGAGCACCAAGCAGACGGUAAUUUCGAGCAAUGGCGUCAUCGUUUCAUCCCGCGAGGUCAAAGCCAUGGUGGAAGGGCGGGACCGUCGCCCCGAGCUCGGCUACAAGUUGGCGAUGGAGCUGAAAAAUUCCGAAUCGGACCUGUCGAAGAACAACGCCUGCAGAAGACAGUCCCAGCAGCAGCAGCAACAGCAACAGCAGCAACCAUCACAGUAAACACAUCGCGGACCCAUUUCGUUUUCCCAUCCGUGCUGGUUCCCAUGGCUACAAGGCGAAAUCAUUUCGUGCGGCAUAAUAUUAGGCAGACGGGAGCGCAUCAUCAUCGGCUGGAACACAUGAAAACCCUCUGUUUUACCGUUUACCAUGUUUAGUUUGUCCAGCAUCAGGUUUACAUAUUGCGUUAAGCCAGAACGCAACUUGUUGUUUUGUUUUCUCAUCCCUUUUUUUUGUUUUGUUUUCUUAUGUCCAGAACGCAAAAGCUUAUAAACCAUUGAAGGUUAGGGAUUUUUUGUGUGUUCUAUUACUUCCAUUUCCCUGGAAGGUUGGAAAAGCAAAAAAAAAAAAGGGGGCGUAAAUGCUUCCGAGAGAGUCAUAAAGCUCCUUUCAUUCGAAUCCGUUUUAGCCCAACCGUUUCCUAUUCCGGUAUUCGGUUCGUGUUCAUGCUUGCGGUGCUGGGUUUCCUUGGCGUAUGUGUGUGCUUUCGCAUUUCUUCACACACUCAUAGCUCCCAGCUACCAGCAACCAGGUUAUGUUGCACCCAUUACCGUUUUAUUGGUUUCGGCUGCCACACCGACCGGCAAGCCGAACUACCCAAGCCCAAACUUGAAUGCUUCAAUCUUGUGCGGUAUUCGAAUAGAAACUCAAAAAAAAGAAACAGGAACACUCAAAUAAAACGAAACCGAUGCAAAGCCCCGGGGCUGGGCUGGAUCUGAUUUAACCGAACGACGUCCGUAACGAUUCUGGCUGGUCAUCGAAGUUUAUGGACCGAUCGGAGAAAAAAAAAACCCCUCCAGUGAUGGACGUGACACAUCGUGCAAACAUAUCCUUGAUUGGUGGCAUCGGAAGGCAGCAGGAGGUUGUUCUAUAGGGUGGAAUGGUGGAUUCUAUCCAGCCACCCAUCCUAUAAACGGAAAGCCAAUGAUUUUGUUGUGGGUCAAGGUGUAAAUUACUUUUUACAACCAUGCGUACAUACGUGUGUGAGUGUGUGUGUGUGUGCAUGCAUGCGCUUGUGUUGUACCGUCAUAAAGCGACGCCUGCUGGUGUUCUGCUCUGCUGCAAUCUGGGGCGAGGAUUUGCUGUUAUUGUUUAUAUUCACCUCACACUGGGUGGGAAAGCUAUUUUAUCGGGACGAUUGAAUUUAAAUCCAUGGUUACCUUUUCUUUUUUUUUUGGUAAAACAUUUUUUAUUGUUUAUAUUUUCAUUCAACGCAACGGACACCAACUAGUGCGGAAACCUUUAUUGCCCAAAAAUGGUUCCCGAUAUGUGGCGGGUAAGGGAAAGGAUGGACAUAAGCAGCAACAACAACAAAAUCAUUGUGCCGAUCAUUAUUAAAGGACACUUUUGUGCUUAACGAUUGUAUAAAAUAUGGUGAUGGGAAGAUCGUUUGUGGUUUGUUUAAAAUUAUAAUAUUAUUUCGUCGUUUUUAAUCGCUUUGUCUGGGGUGGUGGUGAGUAGGAUCAUGUGAAAAAGAAAAUAUUUUGCAUCACAGCGUACAACAUAAGUAGAAAAUGUUCCAUCAGUACACAAGAAAAAAAAGCAUAAAAAAACUGCAAAAACCAGGGUCAAGCUAGGGAAACUUCGUUGUGAAACUAAGAGGAACAUAAAUUAAAGCACAAAAAAAAAUCGGUUACCUAAAAUAUAUUGUGUUCGUUUGCCCCUAUUAUCUCUAAACAUAAUUUAAGUGAUUCGUUUCACCACUUUAUAACUUGUAAAAAAAAAGAAUCAUGUUCAAAUUUGUCCCCUUUUUAGCGGUGUGCAGUGUGUAGAGCUAUUAUUGUAGAUACUUAAUCAUUCGGAGCGCUUAGCUAAGCUUUCUGACAGCGGCAGAAGGCUAAAGAAGCUAAAUCGAACAAAUAGACAAACACUUACAAAAGGAGAAUAAUAAAGCAAAAAUAAAAAAACAAACUACACACACCAGAGAGCUUACGGCACACCGUUUUGGUACUACCAACAUUGUUUAGAGCAAUUGUUACAUCGAUGUUGCUUUCGUUAGGAGAAGCAAACGAAACGCGCACAUUUGUAAGUGAAGUGAGCAGAACCGGAAUAUUGGAAUGAAACAGAAACGUGACGAAGGGUACGCUUAGAACGUAGAACACAUUUCGAGAUGAUUUUCCAAAAUUAUUGUACGUCCCAUUGUCCCAUUGUGUGUGCGUGCGUGUGCGUGCGUGUGCGUGCGUGUGUGUUUGCGAAGGAAAAGCUUACUGAGUAUACAAUUCCAGGAUUCUGCUCACAAAGCGUUAAUAAUUCCAUGGACAAAGUAUUUCGAACGCGGCAAGGGAAGAUUGCAAAAUACAGAUAGAGAAACGAUAAGAACGGCAACAGCGGUGGGGACAGUUGAGGCGUGAUUGAGGUGAAACUUUUCGGUGAUUCGAUAGAAAAUAAAAUGGUGCAUCAUCUGCAGCUAAAUGUUUAA